AGGCAGUGUAGGUCAGUAGCGGUCAACGCAAGAAUGGUAAGUCACAUAUUGCCCAUAUUGGCUAUCUGCAAUAAGUGUGAGCAAAUUUUGUGCGCUCUCCAGGUCGUCAAAUCACCUUGUCUGUUCUUUUUUCCAGUCCUCCUGACGUCACGCUGCAUGCCCCACUAGUACACAAAAUACCUCCUGACCUGAUGCGAUCCGCUACAUAAUGGUCUUCCAAACUUCGGGUUGUAGACGAAGCCUAUUUUUAAUUUAUCGGAAUCUCAAUGUUACUUUAUAAAUGUCACAAAAGCAAUUGCUUGUCUGUGCUUUAUAUGAUUAUAACCGUCAACAUACCGAUGAGCUUUCAUUUAAAAAAGGCGACGUACUAAGAGUUUUGAAACAAUUAGAAGGUGGUUGGUGGGAAGGUAGUUUGAAUGGAUUCGUUGGCUGGUUUCCUAGUAACUAUGUAACAUAUGCUACCAGUUCAGAUGAGAAGGGUAACUCCACUACUGAUGAAAGUUCGUUGAUACACUUACAAAACUUUCAAAACGAGAUUAUACAACAUGUUUUAGAAGGUGAAUUAAGACAAGUUAGUGAACUAUCUCAGUUAUUGUCAGUGUUUAUGAUUAACCUGGAGCCUCUACUUCACUUAUCAUUCUUGAACAAACUCGUCAAUUUAAGAGACAUAUUAUUUCAAACCAUUAGUAUACAUCAACAUUUGGCCUCGGCUUUAACAGAAAUGAAAUAGUAGGUUUGUUCGUCGUUCUUCUGAAUACAUAUUUACCUUUUAUUACUCAUGGAUAUUUUUUUCCCAAUAGUACACAUGGACCGAAAUGUAUGGGUCGGCUAUUUUUAGAUUUUGCUCCAGCAAUUAACGCAGUCGGGUGUGAUUAUUCAAAAAUUUAUUUACAUGUUAUAACAGGAUUAGAAGAACAUAUUACAGAAGUAACAAAAUAUAUGAGUUCAUUUAAUAUUAAAUUACAAUUGGUCCAUUGUAAGCAACAACUCAUUCUUAUAUUUGAACGUUUGGGUCGUUAUCCUUUACUUUUAAAAGAAAUGGAACGCUAUUUAGAGGAGCCACAUGUUGAUCGACCCGACAUUCUUCGUGCAAUGAAUGUUUAUAGUGAAAUAACGGAAAGGUGUGCAAUCCUUAGAAAAUUUAAAGAGUAUGAUAUCAAUGUAUUACUGUCAGUAAUAAAGGGAUGGCGAGGACCGCCUAUACAACAACUUGGUGACCCAAUUCUCACUCUACGUGUUCUCCUAGUUAACAUACAAGUAAACCAAUCAAUGAUAACCCUACCGGAUUUCAUCCAUAUAAAUGAUAUAUUAACAAGAAAAACACAAUUAUCAUUAUUGGUUAUAUUUCCUACCUGUGUUCUCCUGUUGGCUAGAACAAACCAAACUAAUGUUUACGAUUAUACUGUCAAAAUACCAUUGAACAAUUUGGCUGUGAUUAGAUCAACCGAAAGUGAAACAGAUUUAGAUUUAUUGAUUAAAGAUCUUAAUUCCAUGAAUAUGGAUGUUAUUCCUUGUCAAAUAACACUUGCAUGUACAGAUCAAAAUGCUAGAGAUCUUUUGGUAUCUACAUUAACUGACCUAAUACAAUAUCAGACCCAGAAUGAACAACAGUCACCAGAUAUUGAUCAAUGUCAUACAAAAAAUGAGAGUAUUUCUUUGGACUUCUUCAGUCAACCUGAUUCGAAUAGUUUGGACAGACAUGGAAAUACAUCUCUAAGUUCUUUACCUUUACGAAAGGACACACUAGAUAAUGAAAAAUUAAAAUCAUCAAAAAUAACAAGAGAUGAAAAUAAUCAGAUUGAUCAGCAUCAAUCAACACUGGUGAUGUCGACAUUGUCAAUGAAAGAUCCUCAAAGUUUCAAGUUUCCUCCUGACUCCACUGACAAUUUGGCUGCUCAACACACUUACACAAAAGAUAUUUCUAAAAUAUCCUUUGUCAAUAAUGAUAAUGCUGUAAAAAUCACAGAUAUUUAUAAUUUCAUCAGCAAUUCGACUAACAAUAAUGAUGAUAAUAAACGUCGCUUCUCUUCAUCAUUGAAAAAAAGUAAAGCUCUUAGACCAUUAACUGAACCAUCGAAUAUAUGUGCUGAAGAACUAAACAAUGAAAGUCAACAUCGUCAAUCAUCCGUUAUUGACCCUCAAUCAAAACAAAUCUUCGCACCAGUGGAUAACACCUGCACAGUGGUUCUAACUUCAGAUGUAUUAACAUCAUCUUCAGGCUUACGUUUUUUACCGCAUAGAAUUACUACUAAUGCCCAUGUUCUCUGGUUUGAUAUUGAUAAAUCGAUAGUUGGUACACGACAGUCAUAUUCAACAUCGAUUGAUUUGCCUGGUAUUAUUCCUUAUAAAAAUAAUGAACAAUUAUCAUCUGAUAAUGACUUAAUUCAUGCAAUUCAUUGUCUUCGUGUCGAUGGUCCAUUAGAUUUUAAUAGAGACGAUAGAAUCGGUUCAGUUAAUGCAUUAAAUAAUUUGGGAUUGCUUAUUGAUCAGAAUAUUCCUGGUCUGUUGUUAGAUUUUUCUAUUUCGCACAAAAAUCAACACAACCGUGUGAGAGCUCAAAGUCCUAAGGUUACCGAUUCAAGUAAGGAAUCGCAUCGUAAACGUGGUGAUCGUCAGAAAAGUGCUAUCACUGCAGAAGAUGUAUUACGUUCAACUGGAAAAAUCCAUGAAAAUGAACUUCGAACGGCGGAUGAUACAAAAAUUUUACAAGUUAUUGAAGCAUAUUGCGCUAGUUCAUGGACACAUCCUAGUUAUCGAACAUUGGACUCUGUAAAAAAUGAAUGUCAAAUAGGUGGUCAAGGUAUUCUAUCGCCAGUUGAAAGCCGAACAUUAUUACAACAUUUCCGAUAUCCUAAAAAGCCGUCUACAUCAUUUCUAUCCACAUCAUCUUCGGGUAUGCAUUCAAGACAAGAACAAGACUCACAUAUAACAGAUGCUUCCAUAUUUGAAUUGUCUCGACAAAGCUUACCUCUUUCUAUGUUUAGUUCGAAAGCAUCAUUGAAACGAUCUGAAUCAAAGAAUAAAUCACAAACGUGCUUAUCACAAGAUGGUACGGUUUGUUUGAAUCAGAAUAUAGCAGCUAAUGUGAUCAGUUCAAACAGUAAGAUUAUCUCCAGUGUUACAACUACUUCUAGUUGUACUAACUGUACUCCAUGCAAUUCUAAUCAAUCUUCCAGUUAUACGCAUAACAUACAAUGUGAAUCAAUUUUAAAAACAUUUUCACCACCUCCAGUAAUUCUACCAACACACAGUGGUCGCCGUUAACUUAAUGAAUUAUCCAUGUUUAUUAUUUUGUGAUCUAUAUUUGUUUACUUCAAUUUCAUCUCUAUCAUUACGGCUCAUUUCAUUAUUUUUAAAUUAAGGCAUUUAGUUAUUUACUUGUUUUGUUAUCGGAUUUAGUAUUUGUUAUUUGUUUAUUAAUAUCAUCAUUCAUUUACUUUUUCUUCUUUUAACACCUAAGCGAUAAUAUUCUCAAUAUCCUUAUAAUUUUCAUCAUUGUUUUUUAUUAAUGAUAAAUAUUUGUCUUUUUGUUCAAGUUAUUGAAUUUGUUUUAUUGUGUAUUCACUAUUCAAUUUAGCUGUUGAUGGUAUUGUUACUACAACAACAACAACUACAACUACUAGUACUAUUACUACUACUGCUACUACUACCACUACUAUUACUCCUAGUGAUAUUAUUAUUAUUAUCACUAUUAUCUUUAUUAUUACCUAUACUGGUGACAUUAUUCUAUUAAUAAAGAUUGAAAUCAGUUUCAUAAUUUCUUUUUUCUUAUGAAAGUUAAAUUUUUAAAAGUAGUGACAAUUUAUCUAAAAUUCUUUACACACUACUCCAAAGACAAGGAAUAUUUAAAGGUACAAUUGUUUAUAAUAUCUUCAUCAGAUUCUACGGUUAUAGAUUCAUAAUAAAUAUUAUUUCAAUGGAUAUUUAUGUUGUGCUUGAAUUAUACAGUAGUGACUUAUUAUGUCGAUUACAAUUCAAGUGCACAUAACAUGUGUCAUCUGUUAAGUUCCACGUUCAUGUAAGAAAAGAUGAAGUGGUAAGUUAUAAUUAAUUAUAGUUGAUGGACGUACUAACAUAAAUGGAAUUCUAUUUGGUAGACCCAUCUCAGACAUGACCUUUAGUUUAUACUGUUGUUAUAACUUGUGCCCUGUAUCCUAUUAAUGUAUAACGUAACGACACUGACAAUUAGAGAGCAGUGAUUUAUCUAUCGGACCAAUGACGCAUAAAACCCGUGCAAGCAGUCUAGAGUACUUAUUGGUCCUGCUUCCCACCUAGCCCAGCCAGGUAUGUCCAGAACACCAAUCUCAGCCUCGCGAUGUGAAUCCUUUAUUUCAAGACCAAAUCGUACCAUAAAAUAGGGAAAAACAUUUAUACAAGAUUUGGCCAAUUGUGGCUGUGAAUGAGGAAGACUAAUCAAUAGGCUGGGCAUAAUUCAAGAACGGUAAAUCAUACAGUAAUAGUUUAUGAGCCAAAUUAAAGCUCAUAAUAAGAGGAACACGAAUAUGGAUAGUUUAGUUACUGAACAAUUAUACGAUAAAAGUAGACGUAUAGUGUUCGUCUAUUCACUGUUCUCAUCCGGAUACAACUACUAUAAAACAACUAUUUUUAAAAUAUAGACUAACCACUCAUCAUUUCAUCUAGAUUGGGAAAAUGACUCAAUAACAUUUGAAGCUCAUUUGAUUUCUCGAACUUUCAUCGUGAUAUAGUAAGUGCUUGUGUUUAUCCUGAUAAAACUAAGUUUCUAUAAACUUUUAGGCCCAUAUGCAUGUUCAGAAGUUGGAUCUACCGAUUGUCCAUUUAGGUACACUAUUAAUAUUGAAUUUACAAGCCUCUACAAAACCUAUAAAAUUAAUUAAUAUUUGAGUCCAUUGUUACGUUCAGUACUUGGUUAACGCAGAAUACUAUAUACAGCUGAUAGCACUCGAACGUAUAAAACCCCCACAGUCUCAAAUAAGAAGACACAAGAAGCAGAAAAAGUGGUUGUUGAUUAUUAGCGUUGGUUAUAACAUCAUUAUAAUUCAGCCAAUCCACAAGGAGGUAAGUUUGCUGUAGUGAACGAGAACACAAGUGGGGACAAUGGAAUGAAUUACAGGACUUCUUAGCAAAAUCUGAGAACCAAACAGUAAGUGCUUAAUCAGCAAAAAUGUCAUUGAAUUGUCUCAGACUGCACUCUUCCUUCAAUUUCUACUGCAAUCACUCUUUGUUCUCGUCCUCUUUCCUUCACUCUUCUUAACCUUCCGUUGCCAAACAUUUCACUUUCGGUUGAUUAUACAUACUACUUAUAUCUGUCGACAUCAGUAGCAGACACCACAAUGCUACUGUCCGUUCAUAGCAUGCCACGUUAAUAUUCUUCAGACCUCCAUCAAAUUCUGAUCAGGUAGAAAAUAUUCGGCUCCUUUAGGACCUUUGGAGCCCCUGUUUACUGAACAAAUCAUAGUAAAACCUUUAGUUCCGUUUUUCUUAUGCGAUCUACGUCACAACAAAUCGAAUUCUCACUGGACGAAAAAAUUACACUAAUGAGUUUCAUAGAAAAUUGCUUAUUUUCACUAGAAUAAAAUUUAAUUUCUAAAAACGCUAAUUCAUAAGUUUUUUAAAUACUUUGGAAUUAACUCACUGAUUGAUAACGAAUAAUUCACUUGGAGUUAUGUUUUCUAGUGCUAGAUUUUCAAACUAGAAAAUGAAUGAAAACUGUUUAUUACAAUCAUGUUUAUUAUCAGUGACAGUUCGCGGUCCUAUGGCGAAUCAACAACCAAUAGAUUGUUGUUUUGUUUUAUCGGACUUAGCAGUUGCUCAAUUUAUACGAAGUAAACACUCCCGUGUUCAAUGGUGGUUAUCAUCAAAUAACUAGAUGUCUAGCCGUUCCUUGCAUACAAUUGGAAACAACUGUUGAUAUCGGUCAUCUGUUGUCAUUGCUGGGUUUGAAAGCAAAAUCAAAAGAAGGCCAGGGAAAUGUCACUAAGCCCUAGCCAAAUCAUCCAGCAGUUGGGCUAUUGAAUAUCGAUCAAAUCAUCGGUCUUCUUCAAGGUCAAGGACAACCAACGCUCAUCAAUUAAUCGUAUGCCAUCGACUGGCCCAUGCGGCAGUGGCCUUACUUUCACUUGUAUCUACUUUAACUAACGUAUUUUUGUAAUAACGUCCUCUGUGUUGUACUGUU